AUGCGAGUCAGUCUAAAUUUAAACCGUUACGUAUUUAAGGAAAUAAGACACUUAACACGUGGGAGAAGUGUUCAUGCCGUCAAUAAUGAAGUCCCACAAUGGCGAUACGAUCUUAUUUCUAAAUGGAGAAAUGAUGCUGCCGCGGCUUUGUUUGCGACCAGAUCAUGGUUUGCUUAUAUCGAGUCAUCUCGCAACUCUUACGCUGGAGACACCUCUCUCAGAAAUUCUUCUUAUUCUUACUGUCAAUUGUUCUAUGUUACGUAUAAAAUAGGAAAAACUUCUGUCGGCUCUUCUGGAGGUGUUAGGAAUGGCGCUGGUUUCGCAUUACCUCCUGUGCCAGGUAGACGUGGAGGCGCUCCACCAACACUACCAUCUCGAAAUGUCGGUAAACCACUUGCAACUGCUUUAGCCGCGCCCCCGCCCGCACUUCCAUCCCGAUUACAUUCCUCCGCAUCAACCAAGUCAAACAAGGAGGCCAUAGCAGAAAGUAUAGCCCGAUCAUUACCAUCAUCACGAUCUUCGAAUUCCUCUUCAACACCCCCGCUACCGGCGAGGAAUACCGCUCCACCGAUUGGGAAGAAACCGCCGCCGCCUCCUAUAUCGAAGAAGCCUCCGUUAACAUUGCCAAAAAAAACUUCUGUGGCGGGUAAGUUGCCGCCACCGCCACCAGCAAGACCAACGACGAGGACACAAUCUCCGCCACCUCCACCGCAGCGUCCUCGGACUGUAGUAGAAAGAACUAGGCCAAUUUCGAAUACGGGAAUAGGUAGUGAUGGUACGCGAACUCUUGGUAGGGUUGUGAGUACAAGAUCUGUGGCAAUUACAUCUCAAGAACCAUCAACGACAGAAGGCCGCUGGACUUUCCAUCCCUCUUCUGACUUUCCACCACCAUCCUCUUUCAACUCUUCAGUAAAGACAUAUCCAUCCGGAUCGUCUACUGGCACGACCGUGCCUUUAGAUCUGUCUUCUUUGUCACUUCAGGGAACGCCUCAAAGGGCUCCGCCUCCGCCACCACCGUUUGGUCUUAAGCCGGGGGGGAGACGAUGA